AUCACACUCGACUUCUUCUUCAUACACUCCAACAAGCAACACAUACUACAACAUCAAGAUGAAGACUACCGGACUCUUGACCAUCCUUUUCACCUCCAUGGCUGCAACUGCCAUUGCCAGUCCUAACGCCCUGCCUAUGGGUGUCGAGGUUGUUGAACGCGACGGCAAGACCAUUGUUCGCGAAGUGCCACAUGCACUCUUGAGUCGCGGUCUUGAACCCCGAUGCCGAGAAUGUGUCGGCCAAGGUGGUUCGUGCACCAUUGGUGAUGGCAGCUGCUAUGCUGAGGACCCCCCACUGUACUGCACAUGGUGCGGUGACAAGUGCGGAUCUCGCUGUGUUCGCCAGGGACAGACUUGCCAGCAGACGUGCGUGUAAGACUUGACAAUGACAACCCGAUACCUUAGAAGCAUGAGGUAGCAGAUCAAGUUCAAUCGCUAUGGAUACGCUAUUUUUACCAUUCAGACAAUCGCUAUAUAUACAACUCAAUUAAAUAUGAA